AUGGCCAAAGACUGGAAGGAAUGCAAUAUUUCGGAUGGAUACACGAUGGCCAGAAUAGCUUAUGUAUGUCGUUGGGUCUGCAACAUCAUAAUCUGCUCGCACAUGACGUCAGCAUUCUUCUACGCAGCAGGCACAUUAAUGAAGAUGAAAAACGAAAAUCAAACUGAAGCUCGAGAGCUCCUUGUUAAGAUGGAAAUACCUUUCGCGAUUGAGAGCACAUCGGUACAUGUAGCUGUGUUUAUUAUACAAUUUAUUCAUCUAUUGAUUGCGGCUGCUGUGCUGGGCGUAAUGAAUUCUUUGCUGAUAAUAUUGGUUGUUCACGUGUGCGGACAGAUUGAUAUAAUGCGGCUGAAAUUGAGUGAAAUUACGCAGAAGAACAUCGAGCGGAAGAACAUCAGGCAUAGUGUGCGCGAGAACGUCGUGAAAACUCUGAUCGUUCAGCACCAGCAGAUUAUCACCUUCUCCAAGAACAUCGAGGCUCUCUACUCGAAUAUCGCGCUGAUACAAUUUGGAACGAACACUCUGGUUAUCUGCUGUUUAGGAUUUAUUAUCAUGAUCUCUAUCAGUGUCCCGGGCGGAUCGAUAAUGUUAGUAAAAUCCGUGUUCUUCUACAUUGUUAUGAGCUUGGAGGCAUUUGUAUAUUGUUUUGUCGGAGAACAUCUCAGAACAAAAAGCAAAAUGAUCGGCGACGCGGCGUACGAAUCGCUUUGGUACGAACUGAGCCCGAGUCAAAAUCAAGAUAUCCAGAUCAUAAUCGUAAGAUCUCAAAAACACUUGACGCUCACGAUAGGAAAAGUCGCGGAACUCUCCUUGAAGCAAUUUGCCAACAUCAUAAAAGCUUCGGCGUCAUACGUGUCGGUGUUGCACGCGAUGUAUUGAGGCCUAAAUAUGUACUU